GUCCCGCCUUAGUGCGCUUCUACAACAGGAACCGAGCAGAAGUGGUGUGAUUUGUUGAAAUUGCUUUCCUUCCCAAAAACAAGGUAGGAGUUGAACUUUGAACGCUUGUGUGGUGAGCUGUCCAGAUCAGAAUGACGGAUUGCACGCUUUGUCAGUAUGUUGGUUCAUUCGUUCGGUACUACGCGUACGCAUGGCUGAUUGGAAUCGCGGUUUGGUUUCUGCUGAUUUUGGCCACCAAAGUGGGAUCGGAUGGCAAUAAGUUUAAAUACUACGCCAAAUAUGGUAUGAUAUAUUUUGCCACCCAAGCUUUCGCCACUUUGUUAACUCCGAUCUCGCUGCUCAGACCACGGAAUCCGAUCAAUGCACGAAUCAUUGCAACGACUGUGGCGCACGCCUCGACGCUUCUGCCUAUAACUUGGGAACUGCGUAACGCACGCAUCUUGAAGGAAACCAAAGGCGCCGUCGUAAUGGCAAACCAUCAGUCUUCGAUGGAUAUUUUGGGUAUGAUGGUUCUGUGGGGCACGAUGCGUGAUGUGAUCUCGAUCGCCAAGAAGGAAAUGCUUUUCAUCAUCCCAUUCGGUCCGGCCGUAUGGCUUGCUGGUGUUACGUUCAUCAAUAGGAAGAAUCGGUCGUCCGCUAUGAAAACCCUUGAUGGUUGCAAACAGAAGAUGAUCAAAAAGGGCUACAAAAUGUAUCUCUAUCCGGAGGGAACCAGAUAUCCGGAGCGAGGCAUGCUGCCAUUCAAGAAGGGUGGAUUCCACACGGCCAUCCAAGCCGGAGUUCCCAUCGUUCCGGUGGUGUUUUCUCAUAUGUACUUUAUCGACGCGAAGAAGUAUAUCUUUAAACCGGGACACGUGCUGAUUAAUGUGCUGGAACCGAUUCCGACAGCGGGAGUGACGAAGGAUAAUUUGGAUGAUUUGAUCAAGCGCACUCGGGACGCUAUGUUGAGCGAGUACGAGAAAUUGUCGGCGGAGAUGGACGCUAAUUUGGUGGAUCCGAAAUGGUUGCGAACCGAGCGGUCUCGGUUUUCCAUCGACGAUGGAAAGAAGAGCGGGUAGACAUCGGAAUAUUAUUUAAUCGUGAAACAAGAUGAUACGGGUAGACUAGAAGUAGAAUUCUUUUAGGUAAAAAAUAAAAUUUUUGAACACCUCUAGA